AUGCAUUUCCUGUCCAUCUCAACCGCGGUCGUCGCACUUGUGAGCCUCGCUGCUGGAGCAAAGAAUCAAUUGAAGCAAGAAACUGCUUUCAAAGAUGGCCCAACAAAUGCAAAAAUGUACAUCUACUUGCCGAGCAACAAGCUAGCUCUGGCUCCCAUCAUUGUGGCAAUCCAUUAUUGCACGGGCACGGGACCAGGAUAUUUCUCAAAUUCCAAAUAUGCCGACUUGGCCGAUCAAAAAGGGUUCAUCGUCAUCUACCCAUCAUCUCCCUCAUCCGGAGGCUGCUGGGACGUCGCAUCCACAACAUCGCUUACCCACGACAAAGGAGGCGACAGCAAGACUAUCGUCAACAUGGUUGCUUAUGCAGUCAAGAACUACGGAGGUGACCCAGAUAGAGUCUUCGCAACUGGUUCCUCCUCAGGAGCUAUGAUGACCAAUGUCCUCGCUGGUGCCUACCCGAACAUCUUCAAGGCGGGAUCAGUCUAUUCUGGCGUCCCCGAUGGAUGUUUUUUCGUCUCAGGUGCGCAAGCUGGUCAAGCUACGCCAGGGUGGAAUAAUGACUGCGCGAAUGGACGGUCUGUGAAGACUGCUCAGGCGUGGGGUGAUCUCACGAGGAGUUAUUACCCUGGAUACAAUGGCUCGUAUCCCAAGAUGUUGAUCUGGCAUGGAACAUCAGAUACCACACUCGCCUACCCCAAUCUCGCUGAGACCAUGAAGCAAUGGUCCAACGUGAUGAACAUCCCAUUCACCAAGAAUGUCACCAAUUCUCCGCAAUCGGGAUACACCCAGCUUGUGUAUGGCGAUGGAACGAGACUGGUUGGUUACUCUGGUCAGGGUGUCGGGCACACAGUUCCAAUCCAUGAAUCUGUUGAUCUCGCUUGGUUCGGCUUGUAG